GGGUUUUUCGGUACGCGAAAUCCAGAUGUACACCGAUUAUAUACCGGCAUUCGAAAAGAUGUACCGUGACAGGGGAGUCGAGGUCCAGUUUGCCCCAAGGUGUCUCAAGUCUUGUCAAGGCAUUCCUGCAGACGUGCUGGUAUUGGAUGACAUGACCAACAGCGGCUGUCGUAUGGCGAAUCGUCGUGCUGGCUUGGACCUGAAGCACACAGAAUUGGCACUGGAUUUGCUGGCGAAAUUCCACGCAGCCUCCGCGGUGUACGUGGAUCAUGGCCAUACCCUGACGGACGAGUUUAUUGGGCCGAAACCCAUCGAAGGGUUCAGAAAAAUGGGCAAAGACUUUCUUCAGCCAAUGUUGGAUGGUUUGAUGCAAUACAUGGCACACUGGGACCUCGAACCGGAUUACUAUGACGACUUAAAGGAGCUGACGACCACUGUGAUCGACGAUUUAGCGGAUAUGGUAACUCCACGCGAGAAUCAGUUCAAUGUCUUGAUCCACGGUGAUCUGUGGACCAAUAAUAUGGUUUUCAAGUACGAGGCAAACUCCAGUGUGCCACUCACAUCGACACUGCUAGACUUCCAGAUUUGCUGCUGGACAUCGCCGUUAGUCGAUCUACACAGUUUCCUGUUUUCGUCAGUCAGUUCCGACCUAAUGCUGACCAAGCUGAACUACUUCCUUCGCUACUACCAGGAACGUUUGGCCGAAAGUCUGGUGUUGUUGGGUUACACGAAGCGUCUGCCAACGUUACAGCAACUUCACGCGGAUUUCACCAACCAUCUAUUGUUCGGUCUACUUAGUGCGAUGAUGAUGUUACCGUUCGUGCUAGUCCCUGAAACGGCGGACGCAUCGCUUGACACAAUCGUCGAUACGAGCACCGAUGCUGGGCAGCGAUUCCAGAAGCAAAUGCUAGAUAAUGAUCAGCUGCGAACCCACCUAAAAAUGCUUAUCCCAUACUUCCGCGUUCGCGGUAUUCCACGCCCGACGAAAUGAUCCUUCGCACGCAUCAGCAUCAACUUGAAGCAAAGCAUAAUAAAGAUUUAUU